CGAGAAUACAGCCCACCAUGGCUCUCCACCGACCAUCCAACCAGACUCUGGCUUCCAUGCUGCUGGCCUUGCUCCUGGUCUGUCCAGCACUGGCCUCAGAGAUUGUUGGUGGCCGGCCAGCCCGGCCCCAUGCUUGGCCCUUCAUGGUGUCCCUGCAGCGGCGUGGAGGUCACUUCUGUGGUGCCACACUCAUUGCCAGGAACUUCGUCAUGUCAGCAGCCCACUGUGUGAAUGGCCGAAAUUUCCAGUCAGUGCAAGUAGUGCUGGGAGCCCAUGACCUGCGGCGACGGGAGCCCACUCGACAAAUCUUCUCUGUGCAGCGCAUCUUUGAGAACGGCUUUGACCCGUCACGUCUCCUGAAUGACAUUGUGAUUAUCCAGCUCAAUGGCUCAGCUACCAUUAACGCCAAUGUGCAGGUGGCCGAGCUGCCUGCCCAGGGCCAGGGCGUGGGUAACAGAACUCCGUGUCUGGCCAUGGGCUGGGGCAGGUUGGGCACAAACAGACCGUUGCCCAGUGUGCUCCAAGAGCUCAAUGUGACAGUGGUGACUAACCUGUGCCGCCGACGUGUGAAUGUAUGCACUCUGGUGCCACGCCGGCAGGCAGGCAUCUGCUUUGGGGACUCUGGUGGACCCUUGGUCUGUAACAACCUUGUCCAAGGCAUUGACUCCUUCAUCCGAGGAGGCUGUGGAUCUGGAUUCUACCCAGAUGCCUUCGCCCCUGUGGCUGAGUUUGCAGACUGGAUCAAUUCCAUUAUCCGCAGCCAUGAUGACCGGCCCCUUACCGAUCCCAAAGACCGAGAGAGAGAGGGCAGGACCAACUAAGGCCUGUCCCCCCUCCCCCACCAUAGACCUCAGGCACCCUCUCCAUUUUAUCACAAUAAAAGCAACCUUUGUUUU